AUGGGAAAGUACCAAUGGAAGGUGGGCACAUUGUAUGAAUCUCGGCAGGAGUUUAAGGACACAGUGGCGGCCUAUGCAGUCAACACAGCUAGGAACAUUAAGUUCAAGAAGUGUGACUUGGUGAGGGUCCGAGCUGUUUGUCAGAAAGGCUGCCCAUUUUGGUUAUAUGCACACAGGGUCGGUGAGGAGUCCACUUGGCAACUAAGAAGCAUGAAUCUCCAACAUACCUGCAUGCAGACACACCGGGUUGGGAUUAUGCACAGCAAAUGGUUGGGUAGCCAAUUUAAGAAGAAAGUUGAAUCCAACCCAAAGAUCAAGGUGAAGGAGCUAGUUGCAAAGGCUCACAAAAAAUGGAACCUGACCGUUACCAAGGCAAUGGCAGCUAAGACAAAACAGGAGGCUUUGAGUCAGAUACAGGGCACCUUUAGGGAGCAGUACAAGCGAAUAAACGACUACUGCCAUGAACUCCUAAGAACAAACCCAGGUUCUACAGUGAUUCUGAAGGUUAUUAGAUCACCAGAUUUUGCUCAAGAGAGACAGAACGCAGAACUGAUGAACUAUUGUGUUUUCCAAAGAAUGUAUAUUCUUUCAAUUGCGUAUGCGGUUGUGGAGGCAGAGACUAAGGACUCUUGGGUCUGGUUUCUGCGUCACCUGUCUGAUGACUUAGGCCCACACAACCUUGCAAAGUGCACGUUUAUGUCUGAUCAGCAAAAGGGCUUAUUGCCGGCGUUUGAAGAGGUCAUUCCAGGGGUGGAUAACAGGUUCUGUGUCAGGCAUCUCUACAGCAACUUCAAGAAGAAGUUUCCUGGUUUAGAGCUAAAGAACAAGAUGUGGAAGUGUGCUAAAGCAAGUCAUUGA